GUGUUCGAUCUAGUAGUAAAGUGAUUGAAUUGAGGUGAAUAACUUUUAGAAUUUUCAUUUAUUGUUUUAAAAAUCGUUUUCAAUUUAUGUUAAAUUCUGUUCUGAAGAGCGUGGUUCAAAUAAGGACAUGAAACAAAUGGAUAAUUUUCAACAAUCCAUAUUUGACAAGAAGCUAAUGAAAAUAAUUUGACAAUGUCUUCAAAAGUUUAUCCUCAACCUAAUAGAGGGAGAAAGCAAUCUGUGAUCUCUUCGCUUAUUCGAGGGAUCACGGGAAGCAAAUGUCAAGUGUCUCCGUCCAAACAGAACGGAGCCGUUACAGAAGAUACUGAAGUAAAACGAAGCAACAGCGAUUUACUUUCGGUUUCUUCCAACGAUGAACCGGUGAAGCCUUCUGGUAAUAAAGGGGAAAUAUUUUUCUGGAGAAAUUUUGGCUACGAUCAAGAGGGUCGACCUUACUUGAAAGUAAACCAUGAUGCUAACAUGGAAGAUACUGGCCAUAUCCUACAGGAAUGGAAACUCGGCACGCCGAGGAUUGUUUUGGUGGUCAUGUCGAACGUAGCUCCAUUAUCUCAGUGGACAAACACGAGGCAAAUAAAAAAUUUCCAGAAGGGACUUAUAAGCGCCACUAAUACGACUGACAUGUGGAUACUAACCAAUGGCAUCAAUGUGGGUGUGACUAAAAUAAUUGGCGAUGCAGUGCAUGAAGAAAUCAACAGAAGGAAUUCUAAAAAUCAUUUUCAGAAAAAUCAUCAAUCCGAUCCUAAUUCACGAAUUGUUGUGAUAGGAGUGGCCCGACAAGAUCUACUUAAUCAUGGCGACAAUUUUGAUGGAAGUAAUCAAAGGGUGGAGAUAGAAAACGAAGGCAACAAAAUCGAAGAACAGAAAUUCGAUCUGAAUCCUGAUCACACUCAUUUCCUCAUCGUGAAGGAUGGAACCAUCAAUAAGACUGGAAUCAACUACUUUCUUCUUCGGUUGCAACAUUACUUGGCUUCUUCUCUGGAGCAGCCCAGGAAAUCAGCUUCCACCUACCGUUUAAAUCGAUGUGCUCUGGGUAUCCUUGAAAUUCCAGUCGUCGCUGUGCUGUUCCAGGGAGGCACAGACUGUGCUCGACUUGUUCUAGAUCAUCUGAAGCGGCAUCUACCAUUGGUUGUCAUGAAAGGAACGGGUGGACUGGCAGACAUCCUUGGAUUUGCUUAUUCUGAAAUUAAUCAAAGACCUCAAGGAAUAGCAGAUGCUGAGUUUUGUGAAAACUACCUUAAACCCGAAUUAUCCAGGAAAAUUUCAGAAAAGUUCCCUAAACUCAGAGAUAACAGCUUGUCGCGUAACAUAUUCAGGGAUAGAAUAAUAGACUGUAUCCGUUAUGCCAAACAGAACGAACAAAUAUAUCUAACAGUUCUAAACAUUUACGAACACAGCUGCAAUCUCGAAAACUUGGGGAAUCAUCUGCUGCGUUCUUUAUUUAAAUCGCAGGUGAUUGACAACACCAACUGGCAUGCGCAGAUGCACAAAGAUCUCUAUUUGACUCUGGAUUGGAACAGCCCCCAUGUUGCCAUGUCAGAAGUGUUUAUGAAAGACCCUUCCAACAAAUUUAAGAUUGACAAAGACUUUUUCGACGAAGCAAUUUUAAGGCCUCAAAGGGAAAGUUUUGUUGAUUUAUUCCUGAAUCAAGGAUUUCAAGUCCACAAGUACUUGACGCCAAGGAGGCUGAUUUUGUUGUUCCGGAAAGUUAGACAUCAAGAAUUUUUCCAGACUGUCUGCUGGGAAGGGGCCAUGGGAUAUGGGCCUAUGAACGAAAUUAAACGAAACUUCAUCGAAACGGAUCUGAACUGGUUGAUCGAAAAGAUCACAUCUCUGGAAAACUUCGUCAGCUCCCAAGAACUAUCACUAAAUGCGAUGGGUAUGUACACUUCCGACCCUUCCGCAGCCGAACGCAAGGCCAAAGUACUGCUCACAUUUUGGGCCAUCUUCACCAAUCGAAUAGUUCUCGCCAAGACUCUGUGGAAGCAUGCUGACCAGCCUAUACAUUUGGCGCUUGUUCUGUCCAUGAUGAUAGAAAGAUUGUCCCUCUAUGUGAAUGAUACAUCCCUAAAAGCUGAAAUGGAAGAAUCCAGCGGAGAAUUCGCUGACAUUGCCACCUCCAUGCUGGACGCUUGCUACUUGGACACACCGGACAGGGCGUUUGAUGUACUGAAUGAAGAGAGUCCGGGCUGGGCCUACAACACGGCGGUUGACAUAGCAGCCGAAGCCCAAAACAAAAGAUUCCUGUCACACAUUUGUUGCCAGAAAUGGCUCACGAAUGAAUUCUUCGGCAAGAUUAAAAUCAGGGAACUGUCGUGGGGUGUUUUCACUGUGCCCAUCAGCAUCAAAGUCCUGCUGUGCGCAUUUUUAAUAUUUCCAAUGUAUGCUUGGACUAUAUUUCAAACCAAAGAAUGCAUUUCAACUGAAGAGGAUAAAGAUAUGGUUGAUUUUGAGUCUGAGACAGAAAGCGAUGAUAAAAAUCUCAUCAAGGAACCACCACCUGAAAAAAUUCUAAAAAAGUGGUCUGUUCAACGCACAUGGAACGUCGUCAAAUGGAACCCCUCGACUUUCCGUCGCUACGUCAUUCACCACCCCCCGCUGUGGAAAAUGAUCUACCUCAUGUGGAGCGCGCCCAUUACCAAGUUCUGGACAUUCCAGAUGUUCUAUAUAGUCUACUUAGCGUUCUUCAGCAUAGCGGUCCUCUGGCCAUCAUGUGGAAAUUACAUCCUGGAUAUCAUAGUUUGCUGUUGGACGUCUCUUCUCGCUCUCGAAUCUGUUCAUCCAGCUGUCCGAAUGAGAAAAAAGUACAAAGCCAAAGCAUUCGUUCUCAAAAUACUGGAGAUCAUAGUCAUGUUUGUAUUUGUCAUUCUCUACAUUGUUGGACGACUCUUACCUGUAACUCUAAUCGAUCCAUAUUCAACUAGAGUGAUUUUAUGCUUAGGGUUAAUAUAUUUUUACUACAGAAUAAUAUACAUUUAUUUGCCUAUCUCGCCAACCUUGGGGCCGUUGCUGUAUAGAGUUAAGCUCAUGGUCCUGGUGGAUUUCAUCAACUUCAUGCGCAUGACCAUCCUGGUGAUCAUCAGCGGGGGGAUCGUAAUCCAUGCCGUCAUGUAUCCAGACUAUCCCUUCAACAAAGAGCUUUUCAGAAGAACAUUCCAUAAAGCCUGGUUUUCUUUGUUCUUGACGCCCAUCACGGAUCUCUCCGGUGAAGUGAGGUGUAACUCUCUCAUAUACAGUAAAACCAGCAAUGCCUCAGUUUGCAGAGCAGGAGAAUAUGAAGAUUGGAAGUGUCCAAGCGUUGGUUUAUGGGCUUACAUUUUUAACAUUCAAUACUUCGUACUUCUGAAGCUGAUUCUUUUAACCCUUCUAUAUGCUCUAUUCAGUGCAACAGCCUCUAAGCUGUCAGCAGAGAGCGACGCUAUUUGGAAAUUUCAAAGAUAUCAUCUGGUCGUCGAUUUUUCUAACCGGUUGAGACUGCCUGCUCCCCUCAAUAUCAUCAGUUACUUAAUCAUUUUGGUGCAAAUCUCCAAAUGGCUGGUCUAUCAUAUCUUCUGUUGCACGUGUAAGAAUCGAAAUCUUCCUGAGGAUUUGAAAUCAGAUGGGAGAAGAUUUUCCAUCAAAGACUACACAUACUGGAAUCAGCUUGCUCAAGAAUAUGAUGCCAGUCAGCAGACUAAAGAGAUGGAACAGGGCAUACUAGAAAAACAAAUGGACAUGAUACGAAGUCUCAUGGAAGAUUUCGUGUAUCACAAGCAGAUGAUGCAAAGUUUGAAGAGCUCUGUGCGAGAAUUGGAAAGACUGAUGAAUUACUCUCAUGUUCAUUUGGAGAAUAUACGGCAUCUAGCGAACAGAGAAACUUCAGUUUUCUCUGCUUGGGACUCUAUGGGCGAUCCUGGCAAUCGAAGCUUGCCUCCUGUUAUGAAUAUCCUGUCUCGGAGGUCUCCUUAUCCGGGAACAAGAGUGCAACGUUUUCCGGUGCCGGAUAAAUACGUUCCCUGGGAAGUCAUGUGGAUUUCCUACGAUCCUGUGGCAUUUACUCAACAAAGGCCUGAUUUUCCUGUUAAUUUGCAAUCGCAUGUUGAUGAAGAUAUUUUGCUAUUACGAGAAAAGAAUGGACCACAGCAAGCACUUCCUGUGUACGCUUGGAAUAGCGUAUCUGUCAAUCCAGCCGGAAUCGGGUUGGACAGGCAAUCCUGGAUAACUGUGAGCGAUGGAUCAGCACUGGUUUACAAGCUGGACAGUGAGGGCGUACCCCAGAAUCCAAUGGGAAGAACUGGACUUAGAGGAAGAGGUUCUCUACCACGAUGGGGUCCCAAUCACUAUGUUCAUGCGAUUAUUACAAGGUUUCAGAAGGCAAGAGAAGCAUUUUUAGCGACAAAAGGUUUAGAAUUUGUGGUUUUGUGGACAGACAGAAGAUUUCAGCUGUCGAUACCAGGGGGAUUCGUAGCUGGUGAACAUAGGUACGAAGUCAUCCAGUCCAUGUUUAAAAAUCAAUUCGUAGGAAAUGCAGUUUGGAUGGAUUCGAAUUCUGUAACAAAGUUUUUCCGUGACUGCGUCGUGACAAAGUCUGAACUGUCAGAAUCGACAGAAAGUUUUCCAAACAUUUCGGAAAACGAGGAAAUUCUGAAACCCAUGUGUGAAAUUGUCCAUAAAGGAUAUAUGGACGAUCCCUCCAAUACAGAUCAAGCAUGGAAAGAAGUGGAAUUAUGGCACGUUCAUUUUGACAUGCCCGAGAAUGUAUCUGAAAAAUUACAGACGUCUAUGGGAUGGAGACUCAUAACUGAAGACGCCUUCUUCAAGCUGCCCGCAGGUCAAGCAGUUCUCCUUCAGGAUAUCGCUCGAAAAAUGAAGGCUACAAUUUUGUGAAGAAACAUUGGGUUUCUUUGUACAGAAAUAUUGUUGGAUCACUCAUUGGAACGCACAUUAUUAUUCAUUUUCAUUCGGUGAAUUCUUCAUUG